CCGCCCGGCGGAGAGGAGCGACGCGUUCAGCCUCUAGCAUUCAUGGAAGGAUCACACAAACACUCAGCGGAAGAGUUGGGCGAGCUGUCGGGCAAACACUCGGAAGAAAUCGCGUUAAAAUGGUCUACACUCAAGCCCUCGUGUUCGGGAUGUCCGUCAGGAGCGAGCAGGAAAACCUAGCCGAGGAGCUGAGCGCUCUGCAGCGCUUCCGAUCAGACGGAGACGAACUCAAACACUGCGGCGGACUCGUGAAAGCACGCAGCUCAUCGAGUCUGGGAUCUGAGUGCAGUUUGGAAGAGGAAGAGGAGGACGCCGCCGCCACGUGUCUUCAGUUCGACCUGGCCAGACGCAUUGAGAAGUGCCUCUGUGAGGCCAAAGGAGCCAGUCUGAGCUGUCAGGAGCUGCGCCUGCCCAGACGCAUGACCGCUCGCGUGGCCCGAGACAUCCUGCGCUCAGCCGCGGAGGAGCCGUGUGGGAUACGAGGCGCGCUGAUCCACGUCUUCAUGGAAAGCAAGGGCACGCUGCUGAAGCUGGGCACCGUCGUUCCCGAUCAGAGUCUCACACCCACUUUUGAGGUGUCCGUGGUCCUGCAGCCUGAUCUGGGCGGAUGGCCUCCGCUGAAGAUCCUGUUCGGUGGAAGGAAGGUCUUGAGCCUCAGGCGGGAAUAUCGGCUGGUCAAGCGGAAACUGUACUCGUCUGCCACUCCUACUGUACUUGAGUUUUAUUAAAAGUUUGGUAUUAUGAGGAAAAAGACGACAAUGCCUGAGGUCUUGGAGAAAGAGGAUAACUUUAGGAAAAGCUCAUUUUGCACAUUGUUAUUAUAACUGCUACAUCAGUAUAUAACUUUGAUACUAUCGUUCAAUUCAGUGAAAGGUGAUAUUGUGCAAACAAAAUUUCUAAUACAGUAUAGCAGCUGUUGUUAUUACACUGCAUUAUGUGUGCUUAAAAUAUAAUUAAUAUACAUACAAAUAACUAUAACAUAGAACCUGAUGGUUAUACGCGAUCAUUCAAAAGCUCGGGGUCUGUGAGAUUUAUAUAUUUUCUUUAAACAAGUUGUGCUAACCAACUGGCAAAACUGCAUUUUCAACAGCCACUGUGUAAGUCUAUGGAAAUCAUUGUGUUGAUUUGGCUCUGAAGAAACAAAAGCAGUUCUAAAUGUUGAAAAUGGCUGUUGCUUAUAAUUUUAUAUUUAUUGUUAUAUUACAUGUACAUUUGAUAAUCAGGAAGUUCAAAAGAACAGUAUUUAUGAAUAAACAUUAUUUUCAUUAAAAAUAAAAAAUCUCACCGACGCAGAGCUUUUAAUGUAUAAUCAGGUAUAACCUGGGCAUUGUGGUAUCUUGAGGUUUGUGAACACUACUGUCAUGUGAAGUCAGAUCAUCUUCGUAGGACUAUGAUGGGCGUGUUGAGACUGAAUGUUCAGUUUCAAUUCUCCACUAUUGUUUACUGAUGUUCAGGGAUAUAGGAUGAUUCACAGUUUAUAUGAAUCACGCCACAGUUAUAUGUUGAUGCCAUUAUUGGAUAUGACGUUUUUUGGUGACUUUAAACAGGACAAGCUGGUAUUGUCCUCCCAGUCAAGCAUAUAUAUUAAUAUGUUUUUGUUCGAAAGCACAAGUUUAAUAAAUUAUUGCUAAAACGGCAUCUUGUAA